AAAUUCAAUUGCAAAUUUAAAGACCAGAAAAUAUAGGAAGAAAAUCAGAGAGAAGUAAAAAGAGAAAUGGCGCUUCUUUCUCUUCUCAGAACUCCUCGUGCCACCCUUCCUUAUCUUCGUUUCAUGGCAUUUCGCUCUCAAUAUUGCUCUCCCCUCUACUCGCACUUCCAUUUUUCUUCUUCUUCGUCUUCUUUUGCUUGUCCUUCCCUCUACAUCAAACCACCCAGAACCACAGGUUUUCGGUUGAGGAAGGAUUCCAGUUGCUUUUUGCUUCGAAAUGUGGUUGCUCCUCCGAGGGCUUUCAUGUCAUCCAGCACUGAAACUGCCACCUCCAAAGCUUAUGGGUCGGACCAAAUUCAGGUACUGGAAGGACUGGACCCUGUUAGAAAAAGGCCAGGAAUGUAUAUUGGGAGCACAGGAGCUCGUGGUUUGCAUCACUUGGUCUACGAAAUAUUGGAUAAUGCUGUUGAUGAGGCUCAAGCUGGUUUUGCUUCAAAGAUUGAGGUUGUGUUACUAGCAGACGAUUCUGUGAGCAUCACUGACAAUGGCCGUGGGAUUCCUAUUGAUAUGCACCCCGUGACCAAGAAAUCUGCACUGGAGACUGUAUUGACGGUUUUACAUGCUGGUGGAAAGUUUGGUGGUUCCAGCAGUGGCUACAGUGUGUCUGGUGGAUUACAUGGUGUAGGAUUAUCUGUCGUUAAUGCCUUGUCUGAGGCUUUAGAAGUUACAGUUUGGCGUGAUGGACUGGAAUACCAGCAAAAAUAUUCUCGUGGGAAGCCUGUGACAACAUUAACAUCUCAUGCACUUCCAGUUGAAUUGAAAGAUCAGCAAGGAACACGAAUUAGAUUUUGGCCUGACAAAGAAGUAUUUACAACUGCUAUUCAGUUUGACUACAACACAAUAGCUGGACGAAUAAGGGAGUUAGCAUUUCUAAACCCAAUGCUUACCAUCACUCUUAGGAAAGAAGAUAGUGAUCCAGAAAAGAUUCAGUUUAAUGAAUACUUUUAUGCUGGGGGGUUGAUUGAAUAUGUGAAAUGGCUAAAUACUGAUAAGAAACCACUCCAUGAUGUUGUGGGUUUCAGAAAAGAAAUAGAUGGAAUCACUAUCGAUGUGGCUCUCCAAUGGUGUUCAGAUGCAUAUUCUGAUACAAUGUUGGGAUAUGCUAAUAGUAUACGCACUAUUGAUGGUGGCACACAUAUAGAAGGAAUUAAGGCUUCACUAACAAGAACUCUCAAUAACCUUGGAAAAAAAUCAAAGAUUAUCAAGGAAAAGGAUAUCACUUUAAGUGGUGAACAUGUAAGAGAGGGAUUAACGUGUGUCAUUUCUGUCAAGGUUCCAAAUCCAGAGUUUGAAGGCCAGACAAAGACAAGGUUGGGAAAUCCAGAGGUGAGGAAGGUGGUUGAUCAAUCUGUUCAAGAAUAUCUUACAGAAUACUGGGAGUUGCAUCCAGAUGUACUUGAUUCAAUCCUUUCUAAGGCACUAAAUGCUCUCAAGGCAGCUUUAGCAGCAAAAAGAGCAAGAGAACUAGUGAGACAAAAGAGUGUUUUGCGUUCGUCAUCUCUUCCGGGAAAACUAGCUGAUUGCACAUCAACAAAUCCUGAAGAAUCUGAAAUCUUUAUAGUUGAAGGAGAUUCAGCUGGUGGAAGCGCAAAGCAAGGUCGUGAUAGGCGCUUCCAGGCUAUUCUUCCUCUCAGGGGUAAAAUUCUGAACGUUGAAAGGAAGGAUGAAGCAGCGAUGUACAAAAAUGAAGAGAUUCAAAAUUUAAUUCUUGGUCUUGGACUUGGAGUAAAGGGGGAAGAUUUUAAAAAGGAGGCUUUGCGUUAUCAUAAGAUCAUAAUCUUGACAGAUGCUGAUGUAGAUGGGGCUCACAUCAGAACACUGCUAUUGACAUUUUUCUUCAGAUAUCAAAAAGCAUUAUUUGAUGAAGGCUGCAUAUAUGUUGGCGUCCCACCUCUUUACAAGGUUGAGAGGGGGAAGCAAGUAUACUAUUGCUAUGAUGAUCCUGAACUUAGGGAACUUCAGAGUUCCUUUCCUGCAAAUGCAUCAUACAACAUUCAGAGGUUCAAAGGUUUGGGUGAAAUGAUGCCUGCACAAUUAUGGGAGACAACUAUGGAUCCAGAGCGAAGGCUGCUCAAGCAAUUGGUAGUAGAAGAUGCAGCAGAAGCAAAUAUUGUUUUUUCCUCUCUUAUGGGUGCACGGGUUGAUGUCCGGAAAGAACUCAUACAGAAUUCUGCGAGCAAGAUAAACCUGGAUCAGUUGGAUAUCUAGAGGAGAUAUAUUAUAUGUUAACCGUGGGAGGAAAGUUUUGGUACUGUAUACAGCCAUACACAUACGUUUGCAGGACCUCUUGCUUGCAUAUUUCAGUGGUAAAGCAGAGGCUUUUCCUGGGGGAAGGAUAUUAAGAUUAAGAGCAAGCUGUUCAUAUGUAUUGAAGCUGUUAGAUUUUUUAACUUGAAUUUUUUCAUUUUUGCUCUAGAUUUAGAGAAUAUGAGGUCAAUCUCAAUGUACGUUUCAUCUGUGUUAGUUAUUUUUUUAUGGUAUAGCCCAAUUUUUA